CAUGACUGCAAGGCACAGCCUUCUCAUGUCGCGAGACUUUUCUUUCCUAGCCUUGCAGCCAAUCUUGGGCCUUUUGUGGCAUCUGACCACUUUCGACGGCAAAAUGACCAAUACCGUGCUGUCGACAGGGUUUUGCUGCUCCCAAUUUGUCGAGUGCUCAAUAGUCAUCAUCGUGAUGUCUCAGUCUCUACGAGCUCGCUCCUGCGCAGGUAUAAGUAAUGCUGAGGAUCGCCAUGAUGGCAACCCGUUUCCUUUCCAUCAUCAAAACAUACAAGAACAUUCAAACACCACAUUCGCUGAUUGCAAUAAGGACAUUCGUUAAUCCUUACUACACUCGCUCACCCUAUCUCCAGACCUGAAGCAUACAUUCGUUGAUAUUCAGACGUCACAGCAACCUACACCUGUCCACCACUAAUGCGUGCUCCUAUCAUCUUUAUUCUCGCAGCCCUCGCGGGCUCCUCUCUCGCACAUCCUUAUUCUGAGGGGUGGUCAAGCAAUUCCACCACCACCCCCUGCUCGACUACCACUACUUCUCUGUCAACCACGACUGCUUCGACAAGCACGACUACCUCGAGCUCUGGCUCUAGCACUAGCACGCCUUGCACGACAACAAGCAAGUCUUGGAGCACAACAUCCACAGGUGUGACCACGACCACAUCGAGUCCCACGUCGUCCACCAGCUGCUCGACCUCCUCUACAAGCUCGACCUCGUGCACCACUAAGCCCCAUAGCUCAACCACAACUACGGGCUCGACGUCGACGACAAGCUCAACUUCAUGCUCCACAAAGCCACAUAAGACUACUUCGACGACGACAACGACAACCACUCCAUGCACUACUUCAACAACCAAGAAACCGAGUAAAACCACAACCACAACCACGACAACUACUACUCCCACCACGAUCUGGACCACCAUCACGACGACGGAAUGGAUCACAAAGACCAAGUACGUUCCUUGCUCCACGCCAGUAGCGACUCAAGGCUCGACCACCUACUACACAACUUGGGUGACGACUGAAGUCUACACCACGACAUCAUGUUACCCCAUCGUCACGCCAUGGCACCCACACCCAACUACUGCUGCGCCAACUACAACACCAGCGCCUGCCGUGCCUACCACUACCUCGGCGCCCGUCUGCCCCCCUGCGGUCACCAAGACAGUCACGAUCACCCCGGCACCAGCAACAUGCCCUCCUGCCGUCACCAAGACCGUCACCGUCACCGUGACCCAAGCUCCUGCUCAGGGUGGCACGGGCACUUACUACCCACCAGGCAAAUGCCACCAAUGCCAAACCAUUACAUACAUCGAUGUCUGGGGUAUCACCUGCACUAUCGCUAUUCCCAACCCGCCGGCUCCGACAACCAGCACCACGCUUAUCACCACAACCAAGAAGCCGACAAGCGCCUCAACAACCACUACUGGAAAGCCUACCAGCACGUCUACGUCGACCUCGUCAUCGAGCACUUCAGCCACAACCACCACUUCUUCCAGCAAGACUACAAGCACUAGUACAUCAACAACGACUACAUCUUCUUCUGCCACAACGACAACGGCAACGACAACGACGUCGUCUCCCACUACCACAACGACAACCACCCCCCAAGCCACGACCUCAACCACCACAAGCGUUCCAGCUACCACGACCACCGUGGCCAGUUGGUAGUGACGUUGCAGCAGCAUUCUGCUCGGGAUUCGAGGCGUGACGUCCACACGGCUUGGGAUUUAUCAUUCUAUUCGAUCCGCAAAUAACAGCGGCUGACCACAGACGAUCCUUAUGAAUUUAGCAUCAUAUUUUACGAUUCUGGGCACGGAAUUUGUUAUUGAAAGCAUAGCGAUGGAAUAGCAUAAAGGGAAACGGAUCACAUCAUAUUGUCUAGUGUAAUUUGCCCUUAUUUUAGCAACGAAAAUUUGUAAUUAAAAAGAACAAUCUUGAAGAAGUGAUGGUUCAAUUCUUCCACUGCUCACCCGCUGGCAGCCGAGCCAUUGCGAA